UCCACUUUCCAACGAUCCCAUACACUCUCUCCCUGGUUUCUGUUCUAUAAAUACCGCCAUGAUACAGGCAAGACUUGGUCCCUUAUCCCAAUACAAGACUUUGGUUUCUUUAGCACAAUCUCCUUUUCUUCUUAUAACUCUACUUCAUGGAUUGUUCAUCGUAUCCGGACACUGCUCUCGAUCUCAAUACCAACCCUAUGGAGCUUGAUUUCUCUGGAAAACGUCCGAAGAGGGAAGAGCCGAAUACUGCUUCUGCGGAUAUGGAGAUGAAGUGGCCGGUGAAAGCCGAGGGCUCUAGUAUGUUAAAGGAGGAGCUAAAUCGGGUUAGCACCGAGAACAAGAGGCUAGCCGAGAUGCUAACGACGGUCUGUGAGAAUUACUAUGCUCUGUAUAACCAUUUGGAUGAGUUGUUGAGUAGAAAGGGCACUGAAGAUGACAAGAGAGAAUGGUCCAUGAAGAAAAGAAAGCUUGACCUGGAUGAGUUUGUAGGUUGCACGAUUGGAUUCGGUAGUGGAAAAACCGAGAGCAUCUCAAGCGACGAAGAUCAUCAUCAUCCUCAUCCUCAUCAUCAUGGUGAUCAUUGUGAAUCAUUUAAAGUUACUGAAAGCAUUGGAAAAUCGAAGGUUUCCACAUUCUACGUGCCUACAGACAUAUCUGAUACAAGCUUGACUGUGAAAGAUGGAUAUCAAUGGAGGAAAUAUGGGCAAAAGGUCACGAGAGAUAACCCCUCCCCCCGAGCUUACUUCAGGUGCUCUUUCGCUCCAUCUUGUCCCGUCAAGAAGAAGGUGCAAAGAAGCGGGGAAAAUCCGUUGUUCCUGGUGGCAACUUACGAGGGAACCCACAAUCACCCGAGCUCGAACCCUUCUGGAGGAGAUAUGCCGAGCCAGGCCGGGUCCAACAGGGUGGCUCUUGAUGUGGUUCAAAGCGGUCAAAGACCAGUUCAAGAUAAGAAGGAAACAACAAUACAAGAGGUUCUAGUUCAACAAAUGGCCUCUUCCUUGACGAAAGAUCCUAAUUUCACAGCAGCUCUUGCGGCUGCAAUUUCUGGGAGAUUUUUGGAGCAGCCAAGGACUUGAAAAUGUCCAUUGGAAAUCCCCCCCCCCCAUUUAGGAGAAAAGAUGGCAGCUUUAGUGUACAUAAAAACUAGAAAUCGUAAGUGUUCAAAAGGGUCUUCAUGAAUUAGUUUCUCCAAACAUAUAUGAAUGGUACUAGAGAUUUCAAA